AUGGGUGAAACCGACCUCUUCACGGUGUCGCCUCUUCCCCUCGCCAUCAGCGAAUCCCUGGUCCCGGUCCGUGAAACCAAAACCGCGGGGACGGCGCUUCUCUCUCUCGACGGGCUCCUGGACCCCCCCUUGCAAAUCAAAGAAGAUCUGAAGGAGGGAUGCGGCGGCAAGCUUUGGCCGGCUGGGGUCGUCCUGGCAAAAUACAUGCUCCGCAGGCACAAGUCGGACUUGUCUGGGAAAACCAUUGUGGAACUCGGCGCCGGAGGCGGCCUCGUCGGACUAGCAGUCGCACGAGGAUGCUCCAUCGACUCGCCGAUAUACAUCACCGACCAGAUCCCGAUGUUGUCACUGAUGCAAGACAACGUCCAGCUGAACCGUCUGUCGGACAUCGUCUAUCCGGCCGUUCUCGACUGGGGCUGCGAGAUCCCCAAGACCGUCCCGUCAGACCCAGCCAUCAUUCUGGCGGCCGACUGUGUCUACUUCGAGCCUGCAUUCCCGCUACUAUUAUCGACGCUGGAAGGCCUUCUGGCCAGCCCGCAUUCGGUAUGCUACUUUUGCUUCAAAAGGCGGCGUCGUGCGGAUCUGAGGUUUAUGAAGCAGGCGAGGAAAUUGUUUGAGGUUGUUGAGGUAAUAGAUGAUCCUGAUCAGAAGGUUUAUUCGAAGCAAAACAUAUUUCUCUAG